AUGCCCGCCCCCACUACUACCCUCCUCAUCGAGGGUUCCUUCAGCGAGCUCGCCGACGAGUUUGCCCAGUACAUCGAUGCUCUGCGCAAGACCGAGGAGGGCACCACUCUCCAGGCCGAAAUCUCCCCGCUCUUGGAGCCCCUCCGCCAGCAGGAGCAGACCGACGCUCAGCCCGAUGCCAAACAGCGCGAUGAGGUUCUCAAGAAACUGGUCUCCGCCGCCGCCGCCUUGAACACGGCUCCCGAAAAGGAGAUCACUCCCUCCUACAACCUCCUCAUCCACCUCGUCCACCAGGCUUCCGACCCGGACAUGUUCCUCUCGCGCAUCUGCACCUACCUCGCCAAACCCAUCACUUCCUCCGCCCAAUUCGGCCCGUCGUUGUCCAUCUCGAUCCUAUCCACUAUCUUCAACACUCUCAGCGCCAAUGAUUCGAGCCGCUUCCACGUUCUGCUGGCCAUCGUUGCCGUGAUCCGCCAGUCCGGCUCCGCCAUUGCCUUUGAAGCUUUGAAGCCUCAACUGACCGCCCAACUGCCCACGUGGUUGUCCGCCUGGGAACUGGACGAGGAUGAGGCCCAGCGCCUACAUCUCGCCGUGGCGGACGCGGCCCAGGCUGCCGGUGACCCGGAAUUGGCCCAGAGACACAUUGUGCAGGCGCUUCAGACCAUCCCCGCUGCUAAGGCGUCGUCGAAGGAGGCCCGCGAGCUGGCCGUUCGCGCCCUCACCUCUGCCCUCACUCACCCCGCCGUGUUCGAUUUCACCCCCUUGACGGCAUCCGAUGCGGUCCAGGCCCUCCGAUCCAGCGACAGCACCUUGUUCGAGCUGCUGGAGAUCUUCACCGCCGAUACUCUCGAUGCCUACGAGGCCUUCGUCUCCGCCACGCCCUUGUCCGGCAUCUCGGGCGGCGUUCUCGCCGAGUCCGGCGAGGCCCUGCAGAACAAGAUGCGCCUCCUGACCCUGGCCUCGCUGGCUGCUUCGACCCCCUCUCGCUCGCUGCCCUACUCGACCAUCGCCACCUCUCUGCGGGUUCCCGCCGAGGAUGUCGAGAAGUGGGUCAUUGACACCAUCCGUGCCGGUCUGGUCGAAGGAAAGCUGUCCCAGUUGCGGUCCGAAUUCCUGGUGCACCGCGCCACCUACCGCGUCUUCGGUGAGAAGCAGUGGGCCGAGGUCCAGGGCCGUCUGAUGGUCUGGCGCCGCAGCCUGGAGAACGUGCUGGGUACGGUGCGCAGCGAGCGCGAGCGAUUUGUUCGGGAGGGACUGCAAGCCCAAGCCGCCGCCGAGGAGGCCGCUCAGGGUAAGGGUGACAAGAACAAGUCCGGCGAUCGACGACAGCGCCACGGAAACAACCAACAGACUCAGCAACAACAGUCGUCGCAGUCACAGUCUCAGCCCCAGGCCGAGCCGGUCACUGUGGAAUAA